AUGGCCGGGUUUAAACUCUCGGCAGGCGUUGGCCUCCUCGGCCUCGCUGCCAGUGCGCUCGCCGCUCCCGCUCCUGUCUACUCCGAGCCCACCACUACCUUCUCGGUACCCAAGGUCACCGCUCCGGUCGAGCCCGUUACCAAUGUAACCUCCCACGGUCCCUACACCGGACCCCCACCCACCACUACCGGUGCCUUGUCCACCACGGUCCUGGCUCCUUCGAUCCCGGCUCUUCCCCCCGGACCCGACGCCUUCAAGUACCCCAGCGACGGCCAGCUUCACGCUCCUCAGCCCGCCCCUUACACCCCCGCUGGCGGUGUCGGCACCAACGGCUCUGCUCCCGUCUACAAGAUGCUUUCCGACUUUGACUACCAGUCCAUUGCCCUGGCUCUUUACCAGGAAUGGAUUGAGCUUGACCUCUUCCACUGGGGUCUCGACCGCUUCUCGGUUGAGGAUUUCGAGAAGGCCGGCCUCACUGCUGAGGACCGUCACUUGAUCGAGUACAUGGCCAACCAGGAGGUCGGCCACGCUACCCUCCUCAGCAACAUGCUUGGCCCCUCUGCUCCCAACCAGUGCAACUACAACUACCCGGCCAUGAACGUGCACGAGUACAUCGACUUCUGCCAGAAGGUUACUCGCUACGGUGAGGCUGGUGUGUACGGCUUCCUCAACCACCUCAACGCCCACGACGUCGGUCAGAUGCUACUGCAGUCCAUCACCACCGAGGCUCGUCAGCAGAUGAUCUUCCGCCAGUUCGAGGGCCUCUUCCCCACUCCUGAGUGGUUCCAGGUCGGCAUUCCUCAGUCUUGGGCCUGGACUCUCCUCGCUCCUUACAUCUCCUCUUGCCCUGCCAACAACACGCGUCUGGUCUGGCAGAACUACCCUGCUCUGCACAUCCUGAACCAGCCCAACCCCUUCCGCAUCAACGGCUCCAACGUCUGGAACGAGACCACGGACGGCGGUUACGCCAACACUGCCGCGUACAGGGACAUUGAGGAGAACGACGACUGCACCAAGACCAACGCGACCGGCGUCUCGUGCGCCCCCGCCAUCUCCCGUAACCGCUCCAUGCCCCUCUCGUACCCCGGCCGUCAGGUCUUCCUCGAGUGGGACGAGCCCGGCAAGCCCAUCGGCCCCAACAACAGCUACGUUACCGACACGCAGGCUGGCGCUCCCAAGUUCGCCGCUUGGGUUUCGCAGCUCAACGUCACCUACUCUCCCCUCGAGGAUAUCAAGGGCAACAGCGCCUACACCGUCCAGCCCGAUGUCAGCACUUUUGAUGGCAACCCGGCUAUCAACGGCACUAUCUUCCUUGUCUUGACGGAUGAGGAUCUCUAUGUUACUCCUUUCAACCUGACUCAGCUGAACCCCCACGUUUAUGCCGUUGGAAUGUACCAGUCUGGUUAA